UCGUAAAUUCUCACAACGAUCGGACCAAAGAAUCAUUCCCAUCUCUUUUGACCAUUCAAACUAGUGAAAAAUGGGGGUACUCAGAAAGAAACACAAUAAAAAAUCCAGAAGGCCGUCGUUUAAGAGUGUUUUAACCUCAAUAUUAGCUACACAAGCCGCAAUAUUCCUCUUAUUGCUCGCCGGUGUUUCCCUCGCUGGCACAGCCGUCGCAUUUAUCGCUAGCAUGCCACUAUUCGUAGUAUUCAGUCCGAUUCUCGUACCAGCGGGUGUUGCCACUGGCUUACUGGCCACGGGUUUAGCAGCCGCCGGUAGCUCCGGUGCAAUGGCUGUCUCCCUCAUCCUUUGGGUCAUCAAGCGAGUAACGGGCAAGGAGCCGCCAAAAAUCAUGUCAAAAGUCUUGAGAAAGGUGUUUCCUGGUGGAGGUACUCCAUCUAAACUGGCAGCAAAACCAGAAGCCGAGCCAGCGGCCGCACCAGCUGCAGCACCAUCAGCCGCACCAGCAGCUGCACCGAGUACAUGAAAAGAAGCGGUGGGUAAUAAGCAAAGGAUGAUAGAUAAAUAAUCCAACUUUUAAAAAUAAAUAAUAAUAUUACGUGGGGAUCGAAGUUAAAUUUUCAAAUAUCACUAUACUAAGGAUAUCGUGGAACGAAAUAGUAACAAAUGUAAGCAUUUUUAUUGUAUAACAUUUUAAGAACGAAGCGAUGUAUCGUUGAUGUUAAUUUUAUUCAAGUUCUUGUUUCA